GGAAGCACCGCGCGGCUGCAGCAAUAGCAGCGUCGGUGGCUGGGACUGCAGAGUGGGAGGGGACGGACUGUUGGCGGGUGGGGGCGCUGAGGUUUGCCUGGGACUCCCGCCCGAGGUUCCUGGGAGCGUUUUGGACCGCGCAGCCUAGCGCGAGCAGCGAGCGAGGCGAGAAGCCAACGAGCGCGGAGCGGGCUGCGGGCAGAGCGAAGCCGUCGGGCGGAGCGGGCUUCGGAGCCCGGGUCUCCGAAGCUCGGGACCCGGCUCCAGCGGCGGCGGGACGGCGAUGUUCCACUGCAUCCCCCUGUGGCGGUGCAACCGUCAUGUGGAGAGUAUCGACAAGCGCCACUGUUCGCUGGUGUACGUCCCAGAGGAGAUCUACCGCUACGCCCGCAGCCUAGAAGAGCUGCUGCUGGACGCCAACCAGCUCCGCGAGCUGCCGGAGCAAUUUUUCCAGCUAGUCAGAUUACGAAAGCUCGGACUUAGUGAUAAUGAGAUUCAGCGGCUCCCUCCAGAAAUAGCAAACUUCAUGCAGCUGGUGGAACUUGAUGUGUCUCGAAAUGAUAUUCCUGAAAUUCCAGAAAGCAUCUCAUUCUGUAAAGCACUACAGAUAGCUGACUUCAGCGGAAACCCACUGACUAGGUUGCCAGAGAGCUUUCCUGAAUUACAGAAUUUAACAUGUCUUUCUGUAAAUGACAUCUCACUGCAGUCCCUGCCUGAAAAUAUUGGCAAUCUUUAUAACCUGGCUUCACUGGAACUGAGAGAGAAUCUUCUUACCUAUCUUCCUGACUCUCUUACCCAGCUACGGAGACUAGAAGAACUUGAUUUAGGAAACAAUGAAAUAUAUAAUUUGCCAGAAUCAAUUGGAGCUCUCAUACAUCUGAAGGAUCUCUGGUUAGAUGGAAAUCAACUAUCAGAAUUACCUCAGGAAAUAGGAAAUUUGAAGAAUCUGCUGUGUUUGGAUGUCUCAGAAAACAGGUUGGAACGACUUCCUGAAGAAAUCAGUGGCCUGACUUCAUUAACAGACUUAGUCAUUUCCCAGAACUUAUUAGAAACGAUUCCUGAUGGCAUCGGAAAACUUAAGAAGCUGUCAAUCUUGAAGGUGGAUCAGAACAGACUCACACAGUUGCCUGAAUCAGUUGGGGAUUGUGAAAACCUCACAGAAUUGGUUCUGACCGAAAAUCGGCUCUUGACCUUACCUAAGAGCGUUGGAAAACUUAAGAAGUUGAGCAACUUGAAUGCAGACAGAAAUAAAUUAGUGUCUUUACCAAAAGAGAUUGGCGGGUGUUGCAGUCUCACCAUGUUCUGUGUGCGUGACAAUAGGUUAACUCGGAUACCUGCAGAGGUUUCGCAGGCAACAGAGCUUCAUGUCCUCGAUGUGGCAGGGAAUAGGUUGUUGCAUCUACCUUUAUCCCUAACCACCUUGAAGCUGAAGGCUCUUUGGUUAUCUGACAACCAGUCCCAGCCUCUGCUCACGUUCCAGACGGACACAGACCACACUACAGGGGAGAAGAUUUUAACCUGUGUCUUACUUCCUCAGCUGCCUUCUGAACCUACUUGCCAAGAGAAUCUUCCACGCUGUGGUGCGCUGGAGAACUUGGUAAAUGAUGUCUCCGAUGAAGCCUGGAAUGAGAGUGCAGUAAACAGAGUCAGUGCAAUCCGAUUUUUGGAUGAUGAAAUAGAUGAAGACGAAAAUGAAACGAGAACACUCCUAAGGCGAGCCACUCCACAUCCAGGGGAGUUAAAGAACAUGAAAAAGACAGUGGAGAAUUUACGGAAUGACAUGAACACUGCUAAAGGGCUGGAUUCCAACAAAAACGAGGUCAAUCAUGCCAUUGACCGAGUGACCACUUCUGUGUAGUGUUUCACCUCCGAGUUGUACCUCUUGUGUCUUCCCCUGCUGUGGAGAUGUUCCCAUCUGCUUCUGAGGAGCCCCAUGAAGUCCUUUGUCUUAACCAGAACCUGGCGCAUCAUCUCUUCAAGUGGCCUGUUGGGAUGCUGCUCUCUCAAAGGAAGUGCCUUACUCUAAUCCAUCAACCAGUCUGCACCAGUGAUCUCCUGGCCUGAUUUUUUUUUUUUUUAAUUUUGGUUGUUUGUAAUAAGUAGAAUACACUACUGUAAACAUCUGACCUUUGUUUCUGUUUUAUAUUGGGGAAAGGGAGAGCAGGAAGGGGAAUUUUUAUCCUCCUCCCCUCCAUAAGUGCUGAAACAUUUUGGGCCCAAGUUUUCUUGGAUGACAGAGUUUUAUGUAUGAGGGUAAAAACUGAUACUUUUUUAAACUCUUUUUGUGGCAGCUCAGAUGGUGUAAAUUUUAAAAAUUUUGUAUAGAUAUUUCAUAACAAAAAAUAUGUAUUUCUUUUUUGUCGUUAUUUUACCAUGGAAACGGUACGUAUUUUAGUAUUUGUGGGGGAGGGGGCAGAAAACAGUCCUAAAGUAUUUGUUUUUAUUUGUACCAUCCACUGUGCCUUACUGUAACCUGUAUCAUGUCAAACCAAUUGUAAACAGUGGCAUCCAUGAGCAGUGAGACAAGAAUAGGAAUGUGGUACUUUUAAAACAGUGUUGGAUUUUAAUUAGGAAUCUACCUGAUGAGUUUGUUUUUACCAAAAAGAAGAAUCACCACUGAUCUGUAAAUUAUAUCAAUUGAUUUUUUUGUUUUUAAAAGUUGAACCAAAGGAUUCAUGUCAUUUCUUACUUCUAUGUCAUUUCUUACACUUUAGCUUUUCAUGAGUAAGUCUCUUGUGAGUGCACCCACUCCAAAGGUAUGUGCCAUUUGUAAAAUAAAAUAGAGCAGAAAAGCACAAAAACAGAAAACUGGUUCAGAAAUCCAGUGGGUAAAUAAAUUAUGUACUGCAAAGGAAAGUAUGAUUCUUACCGAAGAAAGCUUUACAAGUUUUAUAUGCAGAUAUAAAACUAUAAUAAAGCAAAGUAACGUAC